AGUCAUUCAGCAGUCUUGCUUCCAGAUUACCGUCCUUAGUUCUUAGCACUUUUUUCAACGGCUGUCACUCAGGAACUUCGAACGCCCCUCAAUGGAGUCAUAGGCAUUAUCGAUCUUAUGCAGUCUGAGAAGAUGACCGAAGACCAGCGCCUUUACAUAAAGACACUAGAGGACUCGUGUUCGCGUCUCUUAUCGUUAGUCAACCGACUUCAGGACCUGGCCGCUUUACAGGGCGAAACUUCCCUUGUGAACAUCAUGGCGUUCGAUCUAGUGGCCAUCAUUACCGGCGUCGCAGAAUCGAUGCAACAUUUCAGCACGCAGACGGGCAAGGGCACCCAAGUGACGCUCGAUUUAGAUCCCCGACUGCCUCUCUCCGUCAACGGCGACCUCACAAAAGUUCAGCAAGUGUUGAGUAAUCUCGUGGCAAUCGCAGCCACCGCAAGCGCCGAGAAACUGGCAUUUGUAAAAGCGGUACUGGAAUCAAGUGACGGACCGCAAGUCGUCAUACAUAUCAGUAUCCGAGGUGAAAAGAUCGACAUGCCGGCGGACGUGCUGCAGGGCUUCGGUCUCACCUUCUCCUACGAAGACAUUCUACGGCCGCUAACAGCGAACAACUUGUCUCAAGGAAUCGUCAUCAGCCGCGAAUUCCUUCACCUUCUGGGAAGCACGUUAGAAAUCGCGCAGGAGGAGGACCACUCGCUGACAUUCUCCUUUCGUUUGAAACUUACUUGCAAUCCGGAAAAUUGGAAAGGCAAGGACUCUCAGUCGAACUACGGCGAAAUCAAGGCAGACCUGUCCGAUGUUCAUGUUUUGGUGGUUGAGGAUAACUUCGUAAAUCAACAAAUCGCUAAGAAAAUGUUACAUAAACUUGGGAUCGAGGCCGACGUAGCAGACGACGGUAAACAAGCCCUUGAUCGGCUGGAGAACAAGGCAUAUGAUAUGAUUUUUAUGGAUUGCGAUAUGCCCAUCAUGGACGGGUAUGACUGCACAACCCACAUACGCAACAAACUGAACAACCAUUCGAUCAAGAUCAUCGCGUUGACCGCGAAUAGCACAAACAACGCCAAGCAACGCUGCACAUCUGUCGGGAUGAACGAUUUCUUCACGAAGCCGAUAACGCUCAAAACGCUGUCGGAAAUGCUGCAUAAAUGGCUGCCUACGACGGUGAAUCUGGGGGCAAAGGAGAGCACAAGGUUGUAGGCUCGUUACUACCGUAGUGAUGGUAUCUCUAGGGGGUGCAAAGAGCUGAUGGUGUCUCUAGGUGCGCAUAGCUGGAAUUAGUCCCGGGCGAAU